GUAGUAAGAGCAUAUCAUAUCACUCCCACUGUGUGUGUUAGAGAGACGUACAGAGAUCUGGUACAGCUUGCAUUGCUUGACUUUUCAAACCUGUUUUUCCCUGAACCUUUGGAGGUUUUUAGCAAGGUUCUUAUAGAGGUACCAUCUUGGAAGAAAGGAACAUAAACCAAAUUUCCAGAAGAAGCCCCGAAGCCUGCGUUGAUCUGGUCAGGCUUGUGAGAACUGGUUUUCCAGGGAGAUGAGUGUUGAUUUGCAAAACACCAACUCCGAGCCAAGCCGUUGCUUUCACAGGAGCGUCCCAAGAUUCCCGGAGUUCUGAACGCAUCUCCCUGGGAUUACACAACUGCAGUUAUUCGAUUGCAGGGGAAAGCUUCUAUGAAUGCGACUCAACCUUAAGAGAUUUUUAAUAUAAGUUGCUGCCAGGCUUCUGUAACCAUGAGGACAAUCGCUGUGGAUUAUCUUUUGCUAUUAGCUGGAGCAAUGUGCGCGGCUGGCUCUAUUCAAGCAGCUUCCACAAAUGAGGAUGAUGUCACUCCACGGAUCAGCUUUCAGUACAAUGAUAUGGAGAGGACUGCCAAGAGGUUCUCCGCAGAGGGGGUGUUCAAUUACACCUCACUGCUGUUGAGUGAAAACGACGACGUUCUUUAUGUUGGUGCGAGAGAGGCUCUGUUUGUGCUGAACAUCUCUGAUUUUGGAAACAGCAAGCUCCACAGGAAUUUGACAUGGAAAACUCCAGAUCACAAAAGAAACGAAUGCGGUUUUAAAGGAAGGAACUUACAGAUGGACUGUUUCAAUUAUAUCAAGAUCUUUCUCCAGAUGAACAGCACUCACCUCUAUGUGUGCGGAACAUAUGCCUUCAGUCCCCUUUGUGCUUAUAUAAGCAUUUCAGAUUUUUCUUUGGUGAAAAACAUGCUGGGGGAUGUUGCCACAGAGGACGGGCGAGGUCGAUGCCCGUUCGACCCUGAAUACAAGUCCACUGCCAUUAUGGUUGACGGAGAGCUGUACUCUGGGACAGUCAGUAAUUUCCAGGGAAAUGAACCGACUAUUUACAAGAGUCUGGGCCCAGGGACCCCCAUUAAAACAGAGAACUCCCUCAACUGGCUUCAAGAUCCAGCGUUUGUGGGUUCCGCUUAUAUCCAAGAAAGUCUUCCGAAGGGAAACUCAGUGGGAGAUGAUGAUAAAAUUUACUUCUUCUUCAGCGAAACGGGGAAGGAGUUUGAUUUCUUUGACAACACAAUCGUCUCCAGGAUUGCCAGAGUGUGUAAGGGUGAUGUGGGUGGAGAGCGAGUGCUGCAGAAGAGGUGGACCACCUUCCUGAAAGCCCACCUCCUGUGUUCCCUCCCAGACGACGGCUUUCCCUUUAACAUCAUCCAGGACAUGUACGUGCUCACUCCCGGGAAGCAGGACUGGAAGAGCACCGUCUUCUACGGGGUCUUCACCUCUCAGUGGUACAAGGGUGCGGCUGGUAGCUCUGCUGUGUGUGCCUUCACCAUGGAGCAGGUGGAGAACGCCUUCAACGGGCGAUACCGCGAGGUGAACCGUGAGACGCAGCAGUGGUACACCUACAACCACCAAGUACCUGAGCCCAGACCUGGAGCGUGCAUUACCAACACUGCGAGGAAGAUGGACAUCCCUUCCUCCCGUGACAUGCCCGACAAAGUGCUGAAUUUCGUUAAGGACCAUUUCCUAAUGGACGGGGUGAUCAGGAGCCAGCCUCUGCUUCUCAAGAGGAAUGCCCGAUACACUCAGAUCGUUGUCCACAGGGUCCAGGGCAUCGACCAGGCGUACGAUGUCUUGUUCUUGGGCACCGAUGAUGGCAAACUGCACAAAGCGAUCAAUGUGAACAACAAGAUGCACAUCAUCGAAGAGAUGGAGCUGUUUGACAAGCCCCAGCCAGUGCAGAACAUUAUACUGGACUCCAAGAAGGGCCUGCUCUACAUCUCCUCAUACACCGGGCUGGUGGAAGUGCCAGUAGCAAACUGCAGUAACUAUCAGAGCUGUGGAGAGUGCUUCUUAUCAAGGGACCCGUACUGCGCGUGGAGUGGGAGGAGGUGCAGGGAUGUGCGACAGGCUUCCCCAAACAGUCGCUGGAAGCAGGAUGUGGAAGACGCGCACACAGAGCCAGACUGCAAUGGCUCGUUAGCCAGUCCCCGCACUGUGAAGACUACAGGUGGGUCCCAAUGCCAGACUUUUGUUUUACCGCCCAACACUUUCAAAAUCCUGCCCUGUAAGCUGAGGUCGAACCUGGCCACUCGGAAGUGGGUUUACAGCCCGAGUGCCAGUAACUCCACUUACGUCAGCCCUGACGGCGGCCUGGUGGUGGUGGCUAAUGCAGAGGAGAAGCGGGAGGCUUACGAAUGCUGGUCCAUCGAAGGGGGGUUCCGGCAGCUGCUUGCCAGCUACUGCGUGGAGGCAGAGACCACUGCAAUGGAAACCCCCCCCUCCACCACCUCCACCGCCAGGACCACAACCCUGCUCAUCACCGAAGACAAAUAUGUCCUCCUGCACAGCGGGAACCGGUCCGCGCAAGACAGUGUCAGGACCUACUGGAACGAGCUGCUCAUCGUGUGCAUCCUCCUGGGGGUGACCGUGCUGUGCUUCACCCUGUUUCUGAUUUACCGGAACCGGCACAGCAUGAAGACCUUCCUGAAGGAAGGUGAGUGCUCCAGCAUGCAGCAGAAGAAGCAACGGAUGGCAGGGAAGCCGGCUGAGAGUCUGCCCCUCAACGGGAGCACCAUGCCCACCUCCACCUCCACCUCUGAUCACAAAGGAUACCAGACCCUGAACGACAACUACAUCUGCAGCACGCCCUCGCAUGGGUCCCCGGAGAACAGCAAGGAGUUCACGGAGUCCGAGAAGAGGCCGCUGAACCUCAAGGAGAGCCAUGUGGAGAUCUCCCCCACCUGUCACAAGCCUCGUGUGAGGCUGGGAUCAGAGAUCAGGGACUCCAUAGUGUGAAGAGACACCGUGGUGUUAAUACUCAACCAUAGGACCAACUAACAAACAAAGCGAUAGAGCAUCAGUGUUCUUCUGAAUUUUAAAACGACAGGGAGCCUGUUCAAGGAAGGGUGGUGGUGACAUCACAAAAGAGGACUUUCUUUUCCCCAUGUUUAAUUACUUCAGCAGCAGUUUCUUUCUUUUUUCUUUUACGAGGAGCCAAAAACAAUCAUUCGGAGCAGUUCUAAAAAAAAUCACCCUGACACCAGAAAAAAAUAAGAUCUUUUUAAAAGAUAUAUUUGAGAACUCAAAAGAAACUCCAUGAUUUGAUGUUGUGUAUCCAGUGGGAACAGCACCAGGCAUGGAAGGAGCAGCAGUUCUUAAGCACGUUUUCAAUUAUCUCCAACCUCACGCUUUCCACUCUGGUUGUGAUGAAAAGCUCAAGGCAAUCUAUUUUGUUUUUAAUGUAAGGAGCAACUUAUAAAAGUGAUUGUGAGGAAUCCGUCCCAAUUCACAGACCACCUUUCAAUUCAAAGCUUUUAAAAUGGGACACAACGUGUCAGCUGCCUCCAUUAAUCAAGUUCCAGCACCGGAUUGGCGGUGAGGCUCCAUGAACAUUUCAUCACUGCACAGUCUAUGGCUGUGCGCUGCAUUCAUUCUUAAUUAGUGAACAAGCCUGUCUGUCCUGCUAGACCAGCAGGAACUGGAUAUUGCCAGCAUUAGAAAAGGACUUUGACCAUGCACCAACUGAGCCAGCUGUAGCUCCUGAAUCUCUCCCUGCACAGCUACAAGUUCACCUAACACUGCCAGGUGUUUCUGUUCAAGCAGAAGGUGCCAGAAAGCCUGGUCCAACUAAAAUUCUUCAGAGAGAACACUACCAAGACUUUGUAUUAUCAAAGGAAGUGCUCUCCUAGUCUCUUUAAAUUGAAUGAAACACAGUUCUUUCAUUUGGAAGCCCACUGUUGGGUGUACCAGCAAUGACGGAAUAGUUGUUUAAGGCAAAGUAUAUCCAUCAUAACGGUAUGGUAUUACAGAAGUGUCCUUGGGAGAGCUUUAUAUUUUCACCUGAAGAGAAAUGCCCAUGUGUAGAUGAACAGUGCUGUACAUGCAUGCAAUGCAAAAAGCUGUGAAGACCUUGAGCGUGGAAGAGGAACACAUGCCUUCUUUAAACCUGCAGCAAUGUGUACGCAAUGGAGGAGGCUUACUGUAUGCUUUCCAUGUGAGUUACAUUAUAAAGCGUCUCAGUAUUAACUCUAGCAGAGAUUAAAGGAACAGUGAGCAGCUGGGUGAAGUGCUUAUAGCCACUUGCCUACUUCCUGGGAUCAUGAAAGACACGUGUCAUGUUCCAAUGGACCAUUUAAUGCAGAAACCAGAGUCUGAAACUGAACCAAUACUUCAGUGGCAACUGACUUGAGUCAGGGUUUAUUUUCAAGCUUAGAAAAGGGUUCUGGGGAAGUGAAGGAGCCCUCUAUUGGCCACAUUUCUCGUCAGUCGUGAUUAGUCAGUGUGGUGUGUUUUGCAUGUCGAUGGAGUUUUGAACAAACACAAACAAAAGAAAACAUGUGUUCAUGUUUAUACAUGGCAUAACCAAAACUGUCGUACGCUGUGCCAAAACCCUUUUUGUUUAAAGAAAUGGAAAGGUGUUUUUAAACAAAGAUUUGUAUUAUUAUUA